UCCUAUUAGAAGUGUCCUUGCUGGGGGCAGAUCAACUACUGUCAGCUCUGUCCGGAAUCUGAUCUGUCCUAUACCUCUGUGAGUUUGUGUUGUGAAUUCUGCGCCAUGGCUGCAAAACAAAAUGAUCAAGAACGCAUCCUCCGGCUAGAAGGAGAAAUUACCAGCCUAACAGAAGAGCUGUCCCAAUGCCAGGCGGACAAGGAAUUUGUGUGGUCGUUGUGGAAACGUCUUCAAGUGGCAAAUCCAGAUAUAACUCAAGCUAUCAGUUUAGUUGUAGACAGAGAGAAAACUAAGGCUGAGACCAAAGACCGAAAAGUACUUGAAAUCCUGCAAUCAAAAGAUGGCAAAAUACAAGAUCUAGAACAGAGGGCAUCGGGACAGCAUCAGGAGAUAAACAACUUGCUGCAAAGAAAGAUAGCAGUAGAUGAAGAAAAUCUUUCACUAAAGAAGGAAUUGGAUGACCUCCAACAAAAAUUAAAAGAUAAAAGUCAAGAACUUAAGAGUAUUAAAGAGAGCACGCAUAAUAAAGAAGAGCAGAGGGCAGUCAUUCUUGAAAAUCUGGAGCAGGAAAAGGAGAGUUUGAGCCAGAGAUGUGUUGACCUGCUCAAUGACCUGGAGAAAGCAAGAGAGCAGGAGGCACAGUGGAGAGGAGAAAAAUCUGGCAUUGAUGCCAAAAUUAAGGAUUUGGAGAUUAACUUACAUGGAGGAAGGUGUCAGAUGAAUGAUAUGAACAGCAAAAUCAAUGAUCUGUCAUCUCAGGUUUCCAUAAAGCAGAUGGAACUGACACAGAAAGAGGUUGAGGAGGUUAGGCUGCGGAAGGAGUUGCAAGAACUGCAGAAACUGUACAAACAAAGCAAUGAGCAUGCUGCACAGCAGGCAGAACUUAUCCAGCAACUCCAGGCUCUCAACAUGGAUACACAGAAAGUACUUAGAAGUCAGGAAGAUGCUCAUACGUCAGAAACCAUCUCAUAUCAGAAACUUUACAAUGACUUGAAUGCUUGCUAUGAAACGGCAAAGUCCAGUGAGACUCAGCUUCGGCAAAGUAAUAUUGCUCUCACAGAACAGCUACAUCAGAAGGAACAGCAGAUUAGCCAACUGCAAAGAAGGCUGGAAGAGGCCCUCGAUGCAUUACCCAAGUCACCCCAGGAACCUCAGGUCUUGGAACAUCCAUCCCCAGUAGAGCUGGAGCUCAUAAUAGCUUCACAGAAAUCAGAAAUAAAAUUUCUGCAGGAAAAACUUAAAACAGCAGAUCUUCAGUUAAGUCAAGUAGAUAAUUGUAGAAGCGAGGCAGUUGAAAACGGCAUCCUGAGGGCUGGGAGAAUGCGCGAGGUGCAACCUGGGAAACGUUCAAGGUCUCUGUCCCCAAUGGGCUUUUCCAGAGAGUCAGAAGAGUUAAAAAAGCUUAAGAUAGCAGAAAAGCGGAUCGAACAUUUAGAGAAGACACUGCAGAUUAAGGUUCAAGAAAACCAAGAACUACAAAAGGCUCAUGAUAAACGCAGAGACAGAUUGUUGAUGCUGCAGUCUAAUUAUAAGGAAGUCAAGCGACAUAUUGAACAGUGCGAAGAGUCAUGUGCCAUAGAGAGACACAACAAAAAAAGGGUCAUGCGUGCCGAUCCACGACAUCUUCGUCAUGAAAACUCAGAUGCUGUGUGGAACGAACUUGCUUACUUUAAAAAGGAACAUAAAAAAUUGCAAGUGGAGAAUAUGAACUUAGAAGAAGAACUAGACCAUCUCAAAGUGCAGGCUACAUCAGACAAAGCAACUUUAAAAGAAUUAAGUGGCUGUCUUCAACAAGAGAGAGAAGAGCUACUUUUCAGACUUUGCAAGGAUGAAGAUAUCAGAAGCAGUACCCCAAAGAAAUAUGCAGUCGAGACUUUGCAAUGGACAGUACAGAAGGUAAGCCACCUUGAACAAAGGAUAACUGAGUUAGAGGUGGAAUCACGUAAAUUGGAAGCAGCAAACAAAGAGUUAACAAUCGAGAAUAAUUCUGUGAAAGCAUCAGCAAGACACCUUCGUAAAGAUGUGGAAUCAAGAGAGCGGGAGAUAGAGGAACUCGUUGCAAAAACUCUAGAAGCAAAUCACGUCAGCGAGGCAUUAAUAGUAAAGAACAAUGAGCUCAACAGAGAAGUCACAACUCUGAAGAGAUUGUUGGCAAAAAGUAGUAAGAUGAGGAAUGAAAACAGAGAUCUGUUAAAGCAAGUGCAGACCUUAAAGUGUAAACUGGACCAGGCCGAACACGCGACUACUGUAGCUACCAAGCAACGGAACAGCAAGAAAGGCAAUAAAAAGGAAGCAGGAACCAAGGUUAAACAUAAAGCAGCCAAGAAACUCUCCCUGAGACGUCACCAAGCUUUUCUUAAUCAAUCUAUCAAGGUUAUGAGCAGUAUGUUUGAGAACUUCAGCAAAGACGGCUGGGAGGAUGUAAGUGAAGACAGUGACUCUUAUAUGGAAUCUGCUGAGAGUUUGAGACCAGCGAUUGUAAGAUCUACUGAGGCAGAAACGUCAUCUUUAGACGAAUCAAACAUUUUGGAAGAAAGUUCUAACAAUGACUUUUCUAGAAGGAGCCGGAAGAAGGAGCUCAGUAGGAUAGCUCCAGGUGAUGAAGGCAACAUGCAAGGCAAUGAAACCGAGAAAAUUUGUAACACUAGAAAAUAUCAACUUUUGCCAAACUACAACCAAUCUUUAGUAAAAGUACGAAGAGACAGGAGACACCAGAUCAUUGCUCUCAAACCGUCCCUGGCAUCGUUACGGCAAAGGGUUGCAUCCUUGCAACAUCAAGUGUCCGUAUUAGGGAAAGGGAAGCAGGCAGCGGUUGCUUCUGUCAGAGAGCUUAAGGAAGGGAAAAUAAAGCUAGCAGCUGAACUGCAUCUGUCUUACCAAAAGCUUCAAAUCAGCAAGCAGAUGGUAAAGAAACUGUCCACAGACCUCAAUGAAGUUCAGCGGGAAAAGGAAUAUGUGGAGAGAACUGCAGAGCAGAUGAAAGAACAGCUGGUCCAAGCCAAAAGGUCACUGGAAAUGCUGAGCCCUGUGACCUCUGAUCAAUCUCCAGACACUCCAUUAACUCCAUCAAAGAGUGCAGAGAAAGAGAUGAAGCAGCUCCAGAGUAAAAUAAAGAAUAUGACUAUUGAAAUGGCAAAACAGUCUUCAGCGAUGAAAUCUGUGAAAAAUGAAGUCCAGGAAAAGGAAGAACGAAUUCGGGAACUGCAAGAAAGGGUUGCUCGGAUGGAAAGGGAUGUCAACAUGAAAAGGCAUUUGAUAGAGGAUCUAAAAACACGUCUGAAAACCUACCAGGAAAACGAGAGACCUGGCAAAGAAAUGUUAGAAAGUCUUGAAAGGAAGGUGAAAGCAUUAACAGAGGAAUGUUCUCACAAGAAGACCUCAAUUGAUUCGUUAAAGCAAAGACUUAGUGUAGUUACAAAAGAAAAGACCCAGUAUGACCAAAUGUACCACAAAGCCAAAGAUGAUCUAGAAAGGAAGAGUCUAAGAAUCAGUGAUCUGGAAGCAAAAGUGACAGAAGCGGAACGCUCCUUAUCCGAACUGGAAAGCACGGCAACUCAGCAGCUCCACAAUUUAGCAAUGCAAAGUGAACAAGCAAUGGAAGUGGUGCAGAAUAAACUACUACAUGUAAACAGAAGAGUGGAUGAGCUUGUCACAUUUGUGAAGAAUUUAGCAAAGACAUUGCAGGUAAACAUAUGCGACGUUCGAAAUAAAAUCAGACAAUCCAGGAUGCUACAAGAAUCCGAGAGUGGUCCAUCGAGGAAAUCUGUUCACAGAGCCCAGUUACUGGCAGCUUCCAUUCUUAAUAUCUCUACCACUGACAUAGAUGAGAUGUUAGAGGUGCAGGAUGAAGAGGAGCUUGCAAACAUGAAGCGGUCAGAAGAGUCUGAUAAAGAAUGGAUGAACGACAUAAUGAAGCUUCUUGAAGGACAGCUUCCUUUUGGUUCUUGUUUAAUGGACACCAUCGUCAGCAAACUCAAUGAGAAAAUAAAACUUGUGGAAGAAUAUACUAUGCUGAAGAAAGACACCAGGUGAAAAGUGUGUGAAUACCAGCUACAAACUCUUUGUUAUACAAUAUUGUAAAUGAUUGCACUAUAUUACACAAUAUUGCACAAGGAACAGAACUUGCAAAGGUUUUUCUACAACCAGAUCAGCACUCAAUUUUUUUCUAUUUGCUCCUUUUUGUAGUAUUUAUUUCUGCUUCCCUGGACCAAGUUUUAGAAUUUUGAUAGAGAGUCUAUGAAACACUAUGUAAAGGUACAGAUCUGGAAUAAUGCUGCUUUGAAAACGAACAUUCAUUGUUUUUUUUUUGUUGUUUGCGCAUUGACAGAUACAUAAUUUAUCUACUUUAUUUCACUUUAGACUUGUAUUUUCCCAAAAAGUCAAACACACUUCAAAUAGAUAGUUAAAAAAAA